AUGAGCGCUAGCAAAUUUAACAAAACUCCUAACUUUGUAAAAGUAAACUCAAAAAUGAUUAACAAACUUGGACUUAAAGAACAAAGGCCAUGUUCUGCACCUCCUGUCGAUAAGUUGUUUGCUUCGGAUGAAGUUGAACUUGUUGACAUUCAAUAUUCAUCUUAUUACAGUCGAAAUAGCAAAGAUGAUGUACGCAUUCCUCCACCAGAUAUACAUAUUAAUGGGAAAAUAUGGCUUAGUGAAUACGAUGACAUUAUUAAUAGAGCAUUUAGUUCUGAAAUUUAUUCUUACAAAUCAAGAAAGGAUAGUUUACUUGAAAAAAUUGAUGGUGAUAAUCCUGAAUCUGUAAGUAAAGAAUUUAAAGGAACAUCUAGAACAACUACUCCUAUUGGUGAUGUUAGUAUAUUAGAUCCAAAUACAUUCAAUUCACUUUUAAAUAUAAAUUCAUCACAAAAAAAUGUUAUAAAAAAUCAAUCAUUUAAGCAGGUUUUUGAUACAAAUGACAAUUUAUUUCUGAGUGAUAUUUUCAUGUUUUACAGUGACCAACAGAAGGCUGAUAUUACGCUUUUAAAAUCUUUUACUUCUACAACAUCAUCUCUUAAAGAAUUUUGUGUGUUUAUGAGUAAAGACCAAGAAGGUUCAAGAUUGAUUCAAAACAGAAUUGAUAUUUCUACAGAAAAUGAGAUCGCUUGGUUUUUUUCACAAAUAGAAGAUUCUAUUUACGAUCUUUCAUCAAAUUUAUUUGGCAAUUACGUGAUACAAAAGAUUUUGCCGCUUUUAAAUGAAUCACAAAAAUUUACAGUGUUUACAGAAUUUAAAAGUCGUAUUUACGAUUUGUCUUUGCACCCUUACGGCUGUCGUGUUAUUCAAAAAUUAAUGGACUGUUUUGAGUGUAUCGAUUUUAUUAUUGAAGAAAUUAAGCAAGAUAUUUUUUGUCUAAUUGAAGAUCAAAAUGGAAAUCAUGUUAUUCAAAAAUAUAUUGAGAAAUCACCAGACAAAAAUUUAAUUAUUGAUGUAUUUAAAAAAGAUCCUAUUUUUUUAAGUACUCAUAGGUAUGGAUGUCGAGUUAUCCAAAGAUUGCUCGAGUUUUGUGUUGAAGCAGAUGUAAAAAAGAUUUUACAAAUUUUAAUAAGUAAUUUAGAAAGUCUUGUUAAUGAUCAAUAUGGAAAUUAUGUUAUACAACAUAUGCUUACAAUUAGUGAUGAUUCUGAAAGGAAUGCAGUUAUAUCACAAAUUAUUAAUAAUUGUUAUAAUUUGAGUAAAUUUAAAUUUUCUUCAAAUGUGAUUGAACAAUGUAUUGUUAUUUCAGAUCAUGAACAGAAAAACAGGUUUUUAAAUAAAUUUUUAGAAGUUUCGGGUGGUAAGCCUAGAAUAUUUAAUAUGUGUACUGAUAUGUAUGGAAAUUAUGUAGUGCAGAAAUUUUAUGACACAGUAGACAAUGCAUCUAAAGAGAAGAUAAGAAAAUCACUUAAGCCAUUCUUAAAAGAUUUAAAAAGGAUUAAUUUUGCUAGACAUAUUUUAUAUAAAAUUAACACAUAA